UUGUCGCAAGUCGAUGGAAAAUAAGUUGUAGGUCCUUUAAUAAGCUGUGGGGGGCAGCAACUCACAAGUCGUGCCAAAUAAAAAAAGAAGAAGUAGCCUAUGGGUAAACAACGCUGAGAACUACAGUAAAUGCAUCCCCAGUACAAUAAGCCAAGACCAUGGCCGCGUCCUCUUCGUCGUCCUCUGCGGGAGGAGUGAGUGGAAGUUCAGUGACAGGCUCGGGGUUCAGCGCCUCAGAGCUCAUACCGCCCAGGAAGGUCCUCUACACAUACCCAAAGGGUGCGGGUGAAAUGAUGGAAGAUGGAUCUGACAGAUUUCUAUGUGAGUCCGUAUUCAGCUACCAAGUGGCAUCGACAUUAAAACAAGUGAAGCAUGAUCAACAGGUGUCGCGAAUGGAGAAACUUGCAAGUUUAGUCGAAGAGCUGGAGGCAGAUGAAUGGCGAUACAAGCCCAUCGAGCAGUUACUGGGAUUCACUCCAUCAUAAAUAAAUAAAUAUGAUAAAGUUCCAGUGGCCUUUGGUUGCAUUUCCUUCAGAUGGACUGCUUAGCAAAGACGCAAUAUUUAAUGUGUCUUCCUUUAUAUUGUAUAAAACAGAUUGUUAUUAUUCUACAGUAAUGUGACGUUUUUCUCCAUAUGUGAACACACAAUAAGUGUUUUUAUCCAGUUCUUGCUGUAGCAUUUGUUCUGUUUCCAUUUCCAACAUUGGAACUAUAUCACUUUGCUGUGCCACCGUCAUCAUGAAUGGUUCCAGUACACAUUGUUUUCUGGAAAGCUUGUGUUAUUGCUGUUUACCUGUGUUGACCUUCGGUACACCCUCCUGGGUGUGUGAAAACAAGAAUUACACAUAACUCCUGCUCUUUAUUGGCACCAUAACAAGUGCCCAUAAAGGUAAGCCUUAUUUGUAUUUCUCAAUUUCAAACUUAUUCUUGGCCAUUUAUAAAAGGAUCUUGGAUUACUUAAAAAAAAUCUACUUUGCCAUGUUUUAUUUUAUACCGUUGUAUUUGUCUUACUAGCUGUCUGCUAUAUAAAAUUGGUAAGGCAAAUGCAGAUGUUAUACUAUAUGCAGAAAUCUUGUAAAACAAAAUGUUUUAAUAUGUACCUUAGUUCAAUGGUUUAUGUUGAAUAUACAUUCAACUGUGUGUUGUUUUUAUUGUUCACUGCUUCAGCACAGGCGGUAAUAAACGGUUAUCUUAUCUAAA